UACUCCUACUGUAACUCACAGAGGGCUUCUCGUAUAAGUAAAGCCCGUGGUUCCGGGUUGAGAGGGGGAGCUGAGCUGAGCUAGCCACCCAGACAGACAGCCAAGCCAUGGCUUGGGAAAUUGCACAAGCGCGGCAGAAGAAGCUGAAGCCUCAAUAAUCUACCAAUCUAAGUAGGAGUAGCAAAGCUAUAUAUGUCGAGCAUGGAUCAAGGCGACGAUGGCGGCGAGUUCACCUUCUCCGUGGCUGCGCCUCUAGCACUAGCGGCCGGCGGCGUAGGCGUCUUAUUCCCCUGCAGCAGCCGACGGAUCGUUGCCGCCCGGCAGUACCCGGUCUUCGGCCAGCCGCGGUCGCCGCCGCGCCGCGGGGCACCGGAGCCGGGGACGAUGGCCGCCCAGUCGCCGGCGCCACGCUGCCGGAAGAGCGGGUCCACGGGGUCGGCCGUCCUGCGGCUCGUCGGGCUCGGGCGGAGCCACAGCGACGGCAAGCACAAGUUCGUCUUCUUCGACGCCGGCGGCGGCUGCUCCGAGCGCAAGGCGAGGGGCGGUGGCGGCGGCGAUGUUGCCUGGAGCUAUUACGCGAAGGCCGGUGCCGCCGGCGGUGGCGGCGGCAAUGGCGGGAGGCGGCGGACGUUCCUCCCGUACAAGCAGGACCUCGUCGGGCUCUUCGCCAGCGCCACCGCGUUCCGGCGGACCUAUCACCCGCUCUAAUUACCGUCCCCCUUUUUUCCCCACUGUUCUUAGCUACCGGAGUCACUCUUUGCAAACUUGGUGAAGUUGAUCGAUGUGGCGUGUUAUUUUGCAUGAAUUGUACUGUGUGAUUGAGAUAAGGGAGAUAAAUCUGAUCGAGUUCUUUAUUGCUACGUCAUUGGAGUUGGUAACAGAGCUUGUAGCCAGCUGAUUAAGUUUUUAUAUCAGUCUGAUCCAGGGUGUUCUUUUGCAUAUAUCACUGUUUGAUUGGUAAAAUCGUUCAAGUUCUUUACUGGUACGGAGUAUGUAAUUAUCGGGGUGUGUAACAGAGCAUGCAGCUGAUGAUUAAAUUACUUGUCUUUAAGUUA